CCGAAUUUGCAAUAUUGAAUAUGGAAGACGACGAUGAAACGUUCAUUUCCAUUGGAACUCCUUUAGAGUUCAUGAAUGAAGAUGAACCCAUACAGAAGCCACAAAAGGAACUUCAGGCUGUGGGAGUGGGCACCAAAGCUAGACCUCGCUUCCACGGGGCCUUUACUGGAGGAUUCUCUGCUGGGUACUUCAACACGGUCGGCUCCAAAGAUGGAUUUACACCAUCCAGUUUCACCUCCUCUAAGGAUAAAAAGAAAGAAUUUACCACACAGAGACCCGAGGACUUCAUGGAUGAUGAAGACUUCACAGAGCAUGGAAUUGCUCCAAAGAAAUUUCAAACAUCAGAAACAUUUUUGUCGGAGGACAGGAAGCGGAGGCGAGAUUUGGCCAUUAAAUCUGCCACCGCUGACACAUUGUUUGGAUCCACCACUGCCCUGGCUGACCUUAUUGUCCCAGAAAAGUUGACCAUUGGAGUGAAGCUCUUACAUAAGAUGGGCUGGAAAGAGGGACAAGGAAUGGGCCCACGUUACGAAAGGAAGAAAAAGUCGUCAAAUAUCUCAAAGGAUUCUCAAAGAAAGGUAUAUGGCUGCUUUCUACCUGAAGAAGACAGUGAGGAGUCAAGUGAUGAAGUCCCAGAAAAUGUGACCUUUGCCCCUCGUGAUGUUAACCCAAUUAAGAUACAGGCCAAGGAUAAUGUUCAUGGUAUUGGAUACCGUGGCCUUGACCCCAGAAAGGCUCUUCCUGGGAGCCAUGUUAACCUGUUUUCAGCACCAGCCAUUACAAAGACUGGAAAAAGAGGCAUCCGAGGAACAGCAUUUGGAGUGGGGGCCCUGGAGGAAGAGGAUGAGGAUAUUUAUGGACAGGAUCAUCUCUCUAACUAUGACAUGACCAUGGACAUUGAAGGCGAUGAUCACAUGGGGUGGACUGCACCAGGGAAGGGCAAAAAACAUGAUGUUCCUCUUGGAUAUGUUGGAAAUUUACUUGAGGGAUUCACUCUGUCUGGGAAGAAACUGCCUCCAAGAAAGAUAUUCCCUCCUCCACAAAUUCCUAGAGAAUUCAGGCCUGUCCAUACUUUUAUAAAUGAGAUUGAUAACCAGGAUACUAGUAAUAAAACAGAGCAAGAUGCGAUUUCAAGGGGGAUAACUCUCGGAGAAACGCCUGUGUUUGAAUCUGUGUUUGAUCUGAUUCCACAAAAAGAUAAGGAAAGACUGAAAACGGUAAAGUCCAGGACGGAUCAUACGUGUAACAAUGUCCAGACUCCCAGUAUCACAGGGAAUGAUUCCUCCACUACAGAUAGCCAGAGUGGUUAUUCUAAGCUCUCCUCCAGCACCAGUGUUGUAGAUGGCAAGGAAGGGACACAUCAGUCUGUCCCCUCUACUUCUGACUCCAGAAAAUCCCCCAUGUCUGUUAACCUCCAGACAUUUCCGGCAGGAAGAGGGGCUGUUUUUAGUCCGUUCAUAAAGGAUCCUGACAAACAGAGAAGAUAUGACACGUACAUCAGGCUCGUCAAAGAGGGCAAUCCAGAUGCAUAUGAGGAAGUAGCAGAGGGUCUCAUGACAGAGUGGGAGAGGGAGAGAGAGAAGGAGGAGUUUGACAAGGCAUCUAAAUUCUACAAACCAAUGGCCGGCAUGAUGGCGUCACGCUUCACCAGAGCCAAGUACCAUGACGAUGAUGAUAAAGUGGAGAUGCCAGCUCAGGAGCAGGGAGAUAAGAAUGACCGCCAGAGUGCUGCUAAAAUGAAGAUGUAUGGACCAUUAACUCGUGAUACUUAUGAAUGGCAUCCAGAUCGUGUUGUCUGCAAGCGUUUCAACAUCCCAGAUCCAUACCCCAGAUCUACCAUAACUGGUGUUCCCAAAGUAAAAAGGGACAAAUACACUGUCUUCAACUUCCUAAACUUUUCAUCCAAUGAACCAGAAGAGCAAAAAUCCACCCCACAGGAACAGAGAUCCGUGCCACAGGAGAGUGAGAUCAGAGCUCUUCCUGCUCCUGAAGAUAAACAGGAUAGAACAGAAGGAAUAUCAUUCAAGAUAAAUUCAUCUCAGUCUAAACUGACAACAUCAAUUUUCUCUUCUUUGAAUGAGGAAAAAUUUAAAGAUUUGCCCCCAAAGACUCCAGACAAAGAGGAAGACUCUAGGCCUUCUAUGGAUCUUUUUGAGGCUAUUUUUGGAAACACAGACUCUGAGGAGUCCGACAAGGAAGAACAACACACCGACACACAGCAAAUGGACACAGAGGAAAAAAUCACGGAACAUCAGAACAAAUCUCAGACUGACCAACAAAGUAUCGGAGUGACUAGAUCCAUCCAGAGUAGUGCUGAAAAGCUGGAGUCUGUCAUGUCAGAAGAGUACAGAAAAAAGGGAGACAAGUCAGAGAGAUCAAAGGGAGGCAAACCUGAUACAGAAGAGUCACCAGCAGGGAAACCAGCACCUCCAGGAAACUCUAUCUUCUCACAUUUAUUUAAAAAACCAGAAAAAGAGGAGGCUAGCUGUUUACCUGGUGCACCUGUUGUCAUAGAGACUGUAGAAAAGAGGCUAUCAGGAGACAGCAGAGAAGAAUCGUUUGGUCCAGAUCUCCCACCCUCAAUGAAAGAUCAGUCAAGAGGGAGUAUGGAUGUGCAGUUUACCCAUAAAGAAAGGAGUGAUGAAAACAGAGACAGGACACGACAAAAAGAUAGGGAGAAGGAUGGAUACAGAGAUAGACAGACAGACAGAUAUAGAGAUAGGACUAGAGACAAAUAUGGAGGGAAGGAAGGAGACCAUGAGAAGGAACAUUCCAGAGAAAGGUGGAUAGAAAGAAAAGAACAGAGUUCUAGUGAGAGAGACAACAGGAAAGACAAGCAUAAAAAACACAAACACACCAAGAAUAAAAAGUCUAAACACAAGAAAAAACAUAAAAAAGAGAAAAAGAGCCAUCACAGGGAUAAAGUUACCCAGGGCAGCUCCUCUGAUGCUGACAGUGAGAGUGAUAGUGAUACCCCCAUAACAAACCAGGAACUGCUGCAGAAAUUCAAAAGUCUCUCAAGAUCAGGCAAAUUCAAACCUCGUUAUCUUGAUCUUGAUGGGACCAAGAAUCCGAGAAUUCAAGAUAUUGAGGGGUUAUCUGAUGACAACCCAACAAGUAAAAUAUUAAGAUUAAAAGAUUGGUCUGUUGGGAGGAUGUACUCGACAGUGUUUAUUGUGGGGUGCUUCUUUUGGGCCGGAGUAAGAUCGGAAGAGCUCUACGUCUCGACUCCGACGUCUAUCUUACGUGUGGAUACAUCAACUUUACAGACAUCGACAAUUGUCACCAAGGAGAACGGACGUUUGUUGGGUUUGGCCGCAGACUGGAGGAACCAGAAAAUAUAUUAUUCAGACGUGUCUUCCAAUGGCGCAGGCAUAUACGAAUCUGAUCUGCAGGGUAACAACGCCAAGAAACUUCCAAUUCAGUACCCAGACAUGGAACCCGUGGGUCUGGCGGUGGACUGGGUUUACGGACAUUUGUACUGGACAGAUACUGUCUACAGAUCUGUUAUGAUGUCAAACCUGGACGGUACGGGACGAAUCACCAUAGUAACGGAAAAUCUCAUAAUUCCUCGGGGCAUUGCUGUGGAUCCAAAAAGAAGAGAGCUGUACGUAGGUGAUCAAGGAAACCAUGCAGUACAGAUCUGCGGUUUGGACGGAAGAAACUGCCGAGAGUUGAAUGUAACUGAUGCCAGCGCCACCUUCUGGCCAAAUCAGAUCACCAUUGAUCACGUAUCAAGUAAGGUCCAUUGGACAGAUGGUUGGAUUCCAGCUAUAUACUCCUGCUCAGUCGGGGGCUCUAGUUGUGUGAGGAACACAGGGAAUCUCUCCACAGAGCUGGGCUCCAAUCCUGUAUUUGGUAUUGCAGUGGGCCAGAGUGAUAAGUUGUUCCUGUCCACCCUCCAUAACCAGUCUCUGUAUAAAUCUAGUGAUAGUCUAGAACUAACCAGUCUAGAAAUACCCUCCUCAGAAUCAAAGACAUUCUUCCUGCUCAGUAAAGAAACAGCAAUUAGUCAACCAACGGUUUCAACAACAAACCCAUGUGCCAGAAAUAAAGGAGGUUGCUCAGACAUAUGUGUUCCUCACUCAGAUAAUACAUUUACCUGCGCAUGCUCAGACGGGUCAGGGAAGAUUCCAAUUAGCCAAAGCUGCCAAUCACCCAGUCAGUUCCUCUUGUUUACUGAUGUGUCGAGAGGAAUCGUGGGAAUGUCCAGUGUUAACAACCCCGAUAUGCAGACAACAAUUUUGAGAGCAGUCAAACCAUUAGCAGUUACUUAUCACCUAGUGGAGAAAAAAGUUUACUUUGCGGAUGCCCGAAUGCGCGCCAUCUACAAGUGCAAUUUAGACGGAAGUGGUGUAGAGGCCCUGCUAAACAGUUCCCAUGGAGUUGGUCAAGUCGAAGGUUUAUCUAUCGACUACAAUCAGAAUCGCCUUUACUUUUCCAACAUGGGAUUCGAGGAAUAUUCUGGGGUUGUUAGGUCGUGGCAUGCUAUAGAAAUGAUAGACCUCGGAACUCGCAAAAGAAGAACCAUUGUGACAGAAGUUGAGAAACCCAGGGCUCUUCUUGUGGACUCGGCUAAUAGAUUGCUUUACUACACGGACUGGGGCACCACUGGUCACGUGGGCAAAGUACAAUUAGAUGGAUCCAAUAGGGAGGUCCUAUUUACCGCCGAGAACCCUAAUGACCUGGCCAUCAGUGAUAACAAGUUACUGGUCAUCAACAACAAAAGUCCUACCCCGGAGAUGAUAGAACUAGAUCUUUCGAGCAGUGCCCUGACUAAACGUCCACUUAGUGGCGUUGAACCACUAUCAUUGGCCGUAUCAGGAAAUAAGCGGCUGAUCAGCUCAUUCAGUGGUGGUAUGAAAAUCUACACAACAAGUCUAAGUCUUUCUUCCAGCUCGAACGUCGGUCAGUUCACUCGAAUGUCCAUUGUCGACACUACAGUAACAAAGCAGCCAGAUGGAGGGUUAUGCUCGUCAUCAAGUUCAUGCUCUGAUAUUUGUGUAACGUCACCAAAUUCCAACUAUCUUAGCUGUCUGUGUCCAUCAGAUCAGUUCAACAUACAGACUAGUGAUCGUCUAUCAUGUCAAAAGCCAGAGAUUUACUUGUUGUUUGCCGAUAUUGACGGAAUCAAAAUGGUUACACAGGGAACCAUGAGAGAUGACCACGUUUAUACCAUUAUUCACCCUAGUGAAAGCUGUAACCAUUUUUAUGGUCUUGUCAUUGACAGGAGCAAGGAGUACAUUUACUUCAGUGCAUUACAAGGAAAUUCCAUUUUCCGAGCCAAAGUCGAUGGUUCCAAUAUUGAAAAAUUUGUAACCGACGAGAACAGCAAAAUUACCAAUUUGGCUAUAGUUGGAAACGACCUCUUCUGGACCUCUACAAACACCACUGAUAACUCCACGGGGUCUAUUGUUCACUGUAACACGGCUAAUACCGACAGAACCGUCGCUGUGUUGUUUCCCACGGCAUCGGAACCGUUGGACAUUGCAGCAGACGAAAGUAACAUCUACUGGACAGAGAGAGGUAGCUCUGGAAUUAAGAGGUACGAUAGGCGUACAUCAAUGGAACUAAGAUCCGUUACCAGUGCUCGGACAGCGGCUAUUGCCCUCACUGAUCCCUCCAGGCACCUCCUCUAUGCCACAGACUCCAAUGUCAAAUUAAGACGAUUUCCUACUAUACAAGAUGUUUCUUUUCUGACUGACACUAUCAAUGAGGCAGAUGCGCAAUCUCUGAUGGCUACGAGUAAGUUUUUGUAUCUGUCCAGAUGGAGAGACAACAGCACUGGAUCUGUGUUACGUCAUAAUCUUCUGACGAAAACAACAGAGCUUAUAACUAAUGCUGCGGUACGACCAGGGCAGAUGGUGUAUAUAUCAAGUCAGACAUCAUUAGUACAAGAUAAACCCGGAAAUUGUCCCUCUGCACUGUCAUGUUCCAACAUAUCUGCAUGUUCUUUGGAUGUCGACUGUUAUGGCAGCAGUAAAUGUUGUGGAACGAGCACCUGUACAAGGUGUACUACUCCAGAAAAAGGGAAAGACUGCAGUAAAAAUGGCAUUUAUAUACAGAACAAUGGUGACGUCGUAGUGGUGGAUUGUGAGAGUUGUUCCUGCAUUAACAGCAAUCUGACCUGUACACCUCUAACAUGUCCAGACCUUGGGUCUUGCCCUGCUGAUAAUCAAGUGAAGCCUCCCGGAUCCUGCUGUAAUGAAUGUACAGCAACAAUUGUCUGUUCCAGUCCACCCACAAUAGAAAACUGCCCAACCUCCACCGUGAGAAUGCUGUUACCAGCCGACAAUGACACAGUAGAUAUCUUUCUGCACAAUAUUGUCCCGGAAUCGACUUAUGGCAAAAGUUGUUCAGGCCAAAAGUUGGAUUUAAAACUCACAACCACUUCCAUAAAAUGGAAAAGAAAUGUACAACCUGUUGUUAUUACUGCAACAGACAAACAUGGCACUGCUACAUGUAGUGUAAAUGUGCAUGUCAUUGAUAAUACUAUGCCAGCUUUAUCUUGUCCAAGUGGAACUCUUCAGAUGUACAUAACAGAAAACAGCAAGACGGUGACAUGGCCACCUGUUACUGCUAGUGAUAAUUCGGGAUUCGUCACCUUGACCUCAAACACGGAGAAUGGCGUAGAUCGAGCAGUUGGUUUACAUGAAAUUCGUUAUGAAGCUAGGGAUCAGUCUGGCAACAUGAAGCAGUGCUUAUUUUCUGUGAAUGUCAUAAAGCUUUUAGGCUGUGAGAAUCCCCCGAUUCCCUUUAAUGGUCUCUUAAGAUGUAAUGAUGCUAAAACACUAACAUGUGAGUUGGAGAAAUGCAACGAUGGUUACAUCAGCUCUAUUUCAAACCUUCAAAGCCAUGCCUGUGAUCAAACAAAAGGACAAUGGGUACCUUCUUUUCCCGACAAUUUUAGCAACGUUUGCAUUAAACCUGGACCUUCAAUUAUUCAGCGAGAAUACAUAUUUGAGUUCGAUUGCCCAAACUCGGAAUUUGACGCAGGGGACUUGAGAGAUUGUAUUUCAGAUGCUCGUUUGUGUCCAGUUGACGACAUUACACUUUGUGACCGACCUUUUAAGAGAAUUGGGAGCGCUUCUGUUAGUGGGAGUCUACUGAACAUCACAAUGAGAAUGGAAGGCACUCUACCGCAUGGUGGAGACAAAAGCAGUCUUGUAAACAGAAUGACUGCUGCCGGUGCAGCCAUUGAGAUGUUCUUUCAGACAGGUACUUUCAAAACGAGAUGUCCAAAAAUAUUUUGCCCGUUCAAGAAGGCCUUAGCCAAGACAGAUACAAGGACUUGUGAAGUUGGUUCUGUGGUGUACAAUGUUGCAAACCAAGAUAUAUGUGCCCCUUGUCCAGCUGGUUGGUACUAUGAGAACGGCAAAUGCACAGAAUGCUUACCCAAUACCUACCAGGAUCGACCGGGUCAAACAUCCUGCAGGGCCUGCCCAGAUGGAACCAUUUCUUCAUCUGGCUCUUUUCUCGAUUCGCACUGCAAAGCUAUGGAGAAAUUACAGGAUCCCCGGCAGUCUCAGGAUAAUAUGCUCGUGAUUAUUGUAGCAGUGGUGGUCGUAGUGAUAUUGAUCCUAGUAGUUAUCGGGAUUGUUAUUUAUUGUAAAAGACAGAAAUCCACAGGAAAUGACGUCAAAAUGGGUAACUUUGAAAAUCCCGCGUUUACUGGUCAUGGAAACUCUGGUUUGAUGAUGGCAGAGCCUGUGGAAGAGUAUGACCAGAUUCCUGCAGAUAAGAUGUUAUCUGAAUCACAGCUACAAAAUCACAGCAAAGGGGUGUAUGAGAGUUCAAGAAAAGUCCCGAAAGAGGAUCACACCUACCAAAGCCUGAGCGGGGCCUCAAACAAGGGAUUUCAAGAACCAGAAUACGAAACUCCCAAUAAGAGACUAUUAGACGACGGCAUGAGAGAUGGUGAUCAUGUGUACAGCAAGGUGAACAUGCAGUGACUUCCACCUGACCUUACAGUUACUUUCACUUCGGAGGGCUCCCCAUCUUAAGACAAUUAAAAAUUCUCUGCCGCUUUUUUUUAUUACUUGUGAACUGAAAUAGGAAUAUUCACGUUUUUCGAAGCAGAAAUACAUGUACUUUUUAUGUGAGUUUCAUACACUGAAGCACAAUAUAUACAUACAUAUAUAUAUAUAUAAAAGAUUUUUUUUUUCAUUUUAUAGCAUAUUAAUUUCUUUUACAUAUUUUUAAGGAUACGAUCAGCAACAGAGAGCUGAUAUCAAUUUAAAGUAACUGAAAUAAGUAAUUAGAUAACCUAUAAUAGUUAUCCAAUGAAAAGAAACUCUGCAUGCAUCGAAUGUAAAAUACGAUUCUUAACGACAGUCCGUCUGAUUACAUCGCAGAAAGAAAAUGAUUGUAAGAACUGCUCUGUAUUUACGAAAAACUUAAUUUCGACAAACUUAAAAACUUCCAAUUGUAAUUUUUCUUGUUUAUAUAGAUGUACAUAAAUUUAACUAUUUCUUUCAAUUAAAUUGUCUUGUGUUGAAUACAUG